AACUGGUUUGGGGGGAAGAAGAGAGGAAAGAAGAAGAGGGAAAAGGAGCAAAGAGGAAGAGGAAGAAGAAAACCCUUGGAGAACUGCAGAGGAAGGAGGCUCACUUUGACCUCCACACUUCUUGUUUUUGCCUCUCCUCCCAAGCUUCUCCUCUUUUGAGCUUUGGAUAGACCUGGUUUGGGAGGAAGAAGGGAGGAAAGAAGAGGAAGAAAAAGGAGCAAAGAGGAGGAAGAAGGAAACCCUUAAGGAACUGCAGAGGAAGAAGAUUCUUCUUGGCCUUAAAGCCUCUCCUUCCCAAGCUUCUCCUCUUUGAGCUUUGGAUAGACCUGGUUUGGGAGGAAGAAGGGAGGAAAGAAGAGGAAGAAAAAGGAGCAAAGAGGAGGAAAAAGGAAACCCUUAAGGAACUGCAGAGGAAGAAGACUCUUCUUGGCCUCAAAGCCUCUCCUUCCCAAGCUUCUCCUCUUUGAGCUUUGGAUAGACCUGGUUUGGGAGGAAGAAGGGAGGAAAGAAGAGGAAGAAAAGGGAGCAAAGAGGAGGAAGAAGGAAACCCUUAAGGAACUGCAGAGGAAGAAGACUCUUCUUGGCCUCAAAGCCUCUCCUUCCCAAGCUUCUCCUCUUUGAGCUUUGGAUAGACCUGGUUUGGGAGGAAGAAGGGAGGAAAGAAGAGGAAGAAAAGGGAGCAAAGAGGAGGAAGAAGGAAACCCUUAAGGAACUGCAGAGGAAGAAGACUCUUCUUGGCCUCAAAGCCUCUCCUUCCCAAGCUUCUCCUCUUUGAGCUUUGGAUAGACCUGGUUUGGGAGGAAGAAGGGAGGAAAGAAGAGGAAGAAAAGGGAGCAAAGAGGAGGAAGAAGGAAACCCUUAAGGAACUGCAGAGGAAGAAGACUCUUCUUGGCCUCAAAGCCUCUCCUUCCCAAGCUUCUCCUCUUUUGUGCUUUGGAUAGAACUGGUUUUGGAGGAAGAAGGGAGGAAAGAAGAGGAGGGAGAAGGAGCAAAGUGCCUGCGGUGCCCUCCUUCUCCUUGAGCCCCCCCCCCCUUCUUCAGGGAGCCUCAGGCGGCGUUUCCCGGGGGACGGCGCCCUCCCCAUCAUCAUCCUCCCCAUCAUCCUCCCUAUCAUCAUCCUCCUCGAUUGUGAGGAAGGCGUUGGGUCACUAAGGGGGUCGCAGGCGAGGGAUGCGCGCCGCCUGCAGAGCCUCUCGGCGGAGGAAGAAAAGGAGGAGGAGAGGCCCCCCAGCAGGAGAAGUGACUGGAAGUCUUGCAGCGGAACCGCCUGCCUUUCGCGGAGGAGUUGUUGUCGUUGCCGCCCGCACGGACCGAGAGAGAUACCUCCCGCCCGACUCUGCCUUGGGGUGCCUUGGAUGUCCCUAUUGGUUGUCCCAGUCGUAUGGUUGGGAAGCCCGUGGGAGUGCUGCGCAAGGGGAGAAGAAGAGCCCGGAGGAGCGGGGCUGCGCUGAGAGAGGCGGGCGGUGCCUGGGCCGGGCUUGCCUCUUGCCCCGCCAUGGGCCCGGGGCGCGAUGGAUCUCGCCCUUGAGCCCACGGAUGAGGAGGAGGCCUGGGCCGCCUGGGCCGCUGCCGCGCUGCUGCUGGGGGCCAUGGGCUGCAUCCAAAGCAUCAGCUGCAAGCCCAAGGGCUUCCCGGAGAGCAUCGUGGUGAGCGAGGUGCGUGCCACCAUUGACCCGGUCCCCACCACCAUCGACGAGUCCUCCAGCGUGGUCCUCCGCUACCGCACCCCCCACUUCCGGGCCUCCGCACAGGUCCUGCUCCCCGCCCUGUCCCGCAAGGAGACCUGGGUGGUCGGCUGGAUCCAGGCCUGCAGCCACAUGGAGUUCUACAACCACUAUGGGGAUCACGGCAAGUCCAGCUGGGAGCUCCCGGACCUGCUGGAGGGCAAAAUCCAGGCAAUCAGUGACUCAGAUGGGGUCAACUACCCCUGGUACGGCAACACCACGGAGACCUUCACGCUGGUGGGUCCCUCCAAGAAGGAGACCAAGUUCAGUGUCAGUAUGAAUGACAACUUCUACCCCAGCGUGACCUGGGCCGUGCCGGUGAGCGACAGCAAUGUGGCCAAGUUGACCCGCAUCCACCGGGACCAGAGCUUCACUACUUGGCUGGUGGCCACCAACACAGCCACGGGGGAGAUGGUGGUUCUGCAAACCAUCAAGUGGCGGAUGAAGCUGGGCAUCGAGGUCAACCCCCAGCGGCCCCUGGGCCAACGGGCCAAGCUGGAGGAGCCUUCUGCACAGGAGCAGCCACAGGUCCUGAGCAAGAACGAGCCCAUCCCGCCCAGUGCCCUGGUCAAGCCCAAUGCCAACGACGCCCAAGUGCUCAUGUGGCGGCCCAAGGAGGGGCGCCCCCUGGUGGUCAUCCCCCCCAAACACCGGUAGCGCGGAGGAAAGGGAGGGACGGGCAAGGCCCACUCACUCUGCAUUAAAGAGAAAAAGCAUCUAUUUCAGAGGCACUUUUAGACUCAAACAACCAUAACGGUAACAAUAAUAAUAGUAAUAAUAAUGCAACCAUUCUACCUUGACCCGAUAGAACGGAUCUCACUGUGCUCCCCAACGACCCCCCGAGUUUAUAACAAAAGGGGGUGGGCAUUUACCUGACAUCGCUGCAUUUUUACAAAAAGGGAGAAAAUACACGGAUAUACACUUAUUUCCAGCUUUACGUUUGCUUUAACGACAGACCCACCUUCCCUUGGGUUAACGUUUCAAGUUCAGUCUCGUUUAUUGAGAGAAAGGGGAGACGGAUGUGUUUUUCUUUUGGUGCUUUUCAAUAGGGGAGAGUUUAUUCGAAAUACAUAUCAUGUUGGGAACUAAAAGAGAUCAUUUUUAAUAUAUAUAUAAAAAGAUAUAUAUCUAUAUCUAUAUAUAUAUAUAUGGGGGACGGUGACACGGGUGGAAACGACGGGUGUUUUCUAACGGCAAACCCAAAUCACGCGGCCUUAUGUAGAUUUUGCGUUGCGUUGCCAAACUUUUGCCUUAAGAUACGUUUCAAAAAAGGGGGGAAGACAAAGACAGGAAGGAAGAAGGAAGGAAGACACAUCUACUUUUCCUUCACCUUUUGCUCCAGUCGGAUGUUAUGACAGACCGUAGAUGGAUCCACAUCAUUUUGUGACAUUUUCCUGCCUGGAAUUCAAGAAAAAUCAGGAUUAUUUUCACUCAAUUAUUGCAUUCCAAUGUUUUCUCAGCCUUUCCCUCCAAAUCUUAUUUGUGGCGAUUUUCUGUGUGUGUUUUGUUUUGGUAACAUUUGAGAGUUUGGGUUUUCUUUAGUGCUGGGAUAUGAAUCUCUGCUAACUGUGUAACCAAGACUCUGCAGCCUUCGUUGUUCUCAUCCCAUAAUUCAGGAUCAGAAUCAGGAGUCAUUUUUUUUGGCCAAAUAGACAUUGCCCUAUUAUGUACUUUGAAACAACAUUAUAUAUAGUAAGUAUAGACUAAUAUAAUGCAAUAUAAACACACUGAACUCCAUUAUAUGAGUGUACACUGACCAUAUAAUGCAAUUUCAAAGUCUCUGUCCCAUGGACCAUCUUGGCCUAGACCCAUUUCCUCCAUGUCAGCCA